UUCAUCCCUGCCUUCCUCACUGGUCUAGAAGAGGCUUCCUCAGCAUCUGGCUUUGAUUUACCCAUACCAGUCUUGAGUUUAUCUGUCAUCUGAGUUGAAAUCACAGAGCAGCCAUGGGGGAUGCUCAGAUGGCUGUGUUUGGGCCGGCUGCCUCGUACCUAAGGAAGUCGGACAAGGAGCGUAUGGAGGCUUCCACGCGUCCCUUCGACAUAAAGAGGGAAUGCUUCGUCCCGGAUGCAGUGGAAGAGUUUGUGAAGGCAACCAUCAGCAGCAGAGAAGGAAGCAAAGUCACUGUAGAGACGGUGAAUGGGAAGACUGUCGUUAUCCAAGAUGUCGACAUCAUGCAACAAAAUCCUCCAAAGUUUGACAAGAUCGAGGACAUGGCCAUGCUGACCUUCCUCCACGAACCAGCUGUGUUGUUUAAUCUCAAAGAGCGUUAUGCAGCAUGGAUGAUCUACACCUACUCUGGGCUCUUCUGCGUGACUGUCAACCCCUACAAGGGGCUGCCAGUCUACAACCAAGAGGUGGUUGUUGCCUACAGAGGAAAGAAGAGGGCUGAAGCUCCUCCUCAUAUCUUCUCCAUCUCUGACAAUGGCUACCAGUACAUGCUGUCAGACCGGGAAAACCAGUCUAUUUUGAUCACUGGAGAAUCUGGUGCAGGAAAGACUGUCAACACAAAGAGAGUCAUCCAGUAUUUUGCAAGUAUUGCAUCUGGAGGCAUAAAGAAAGACCCCAAUGCCAAAGACAAGGGUUCUCUGGAGGAUCAAAUCAUCCAGGCUAACCCUGCUCUGGAGGCCUUUGGUAAUGCCAAGACCAUCAGGAAUGACAAUUCUUCCAGAUUUGGUAAAUUCAUUCGAAUUCAUUUUGAUACCANCAUGCAUCAUGGAAAUAUGAAGUCAAGACCAAGCAGCGAG